UCAAUGAUCUAAAAGAAAAUGAUAUAAACUAUUACUGCUGCACAGAAACUAACAAACUAGACAACUGCAGCCAAAACACAGUUUACCUCUAUGUUACAGACCUGCAGGUAAAGGUGAUUCCUGCCACAGAGGGACAGACAGUGACACUGAUGUGUAGCACCAGUUGUCCUCGGACUGAAAACCUUGCAGCCUACAUCUGGUACAAGAACAGAGAGUUUCUCUAUGAGGACUGGUCUCCCUGGUACCAAGAGCUGGUCAGCAGUGAGGAAGCAGUCACAUACUCCUGUGCUGUCAAAGGCUACGAGGAUCUCAGAGCCCCUGAAGUCUCAGUGGAUUCAGUCACUCCGACCUGCUUCAGUGUGACCUACGCUAAAGGGAGAAUGUGUUCUUAUCAGCAGACGUCAGUAGAUGAGUCCUGCUCCAUCACAUAUCCCAGAGAAAUCCACGUCCAAAGGAUUCCUCCAGACGUAGCAGAUCAUAUCAGACUGACCUGUAACACCAGCUGCCUUCAUACUGACACUCUGACUUCAUUUAUGUGGUUUAAGAACAGAAAAGUAGACAGAGACAAGGAGAAACAACAGAUUUCAGUUCUCAGAAUUGCAACAGAAAGUUUGUCUUGUGCUGUAAAAGGUCUUGAGGAUCUGCGCUCUGCUGACGUCUGUGUAGAGGAGAAGAAAUGUUUGAGAGUGAAUUAUAUCAGCAGAAGUAUCUGUGCUCUGAAAGGAUCCUCUGUGAACAUUUCCAGUGAAUACUCUCAUCCUGACAACCAGCAGUCAGAGUCUAAACUUUGGUAUAAAGUAAAGAGAAAUACUGAAGAGGCAGAUCAACAGCUGACUGGAGAGACACGUAAUGUGAAGUUUCAUGACAACAUGAAGAACCAACACAUCCUCACCUUAAACAACCUGAAGAAGAAUCACUCAGCAGAAUACAUCUUCACAAUCAAAACAAACUAUGAACAAGUGUCUGGUUCUCCUGGAGUUUCUCUGGUUGUCACAGAUCUGAAAGUGAAGAUAAGUCCCUCUCCAGUGGUGACAGAGGGUCAGAGAGUCUCACUGACCUGCAGGACCAGCUGUCCUCUACCUGCUAACACAAACUACAUUUGGUACUUCAACAAUCGACCUCUGAACCUGAUACACGACCAAAGCAAACACCUGCUUCUAGACCCAGUCAGCAGUCAGGAUGCAGGAAACUACUCCUGUGCUGUCACAACCAACAGAGACAUCAACUCAGCUCUAAAGACUCUCACUGUCCAAACUAAACAAACAUCUAAACUGAACCCAGCAGCAGCUGCAGGAGUUUGUGCAGCUCUCCUUGUUUUACUUGCUCUCACCGUCUUCUUGUGGAUCAGAAGGACGAGGCGAUCCAGUCAGUCUCCAAGAACUGAAACACCAGACAACACACAGCAGCUCAACACUGAUCACAUGUAUGAGAACGUCUCAGCUCAGUCAGCAAAGCAGGAUGAUGAUCAGUACGACAGACUCCACUUCCCUGAGAACCACACAGCUGACCUCUACUCCACCAUCGAGAUACGCCCUUCACACUGAAACCACUUUGUUGUCAUUCUACUUUGUGACAAAGUUCACUUAUUGAAAUAACGUUGUAUCAUAGCAUGUAUUGUAAAAAUGUUUUAGCUAUUUCACUUGU